AUGCGAAUGCCGACCUUGAUACCCUGCCACUGUACCGACUGUCAAAAAAACGCCUACCAACAUCCCCAGACAAAUGACCAAGUAUACGGAACACUCUGGAGACCGGCAAAUCACAAAAAACAUGUCAAAGGCUUUGCCACACGAAUCACCCACACGACCCAAAAAGCCUCUUUGUCCUUCGAUAUCUCAGAGUCUGAGAGCACAGAUUUGACAGAUACACAAUCACCAUCACAAGAUCCCCAAAAGUCUUCGACAGAGAGCAUCUACAGUCCAACAUACUACGACACAUUUCGACGUUGGAAGCCUUCUGACCUCGCUUACUUCCUUAUGAUCACAUGUUUACACAUCAUCAAAAACAUCAGUGUCAAGGCGGCCACGAUUUGCUUGCAUGUCAUAGGCGUAGUCUCCAGCUUCAACACUGAUAGAACGUCUUCGCAUAUCAAUUUACCUAAGACUAUGAGUACGUGCCUCGAUGGACUAAGAAUCGAACCCAAGAUCCGUAGAACAGUGUGCUGUCCGAAAUGCUUCAAGCUGUACUACGAGGAUAAUAUCCCGAAGUUUUGCACGUAUCAAGCUACUCCUAGAAGCCGUAAGAACGCGGAUGCUAGCGAAGUAGUAGAAUUGGAUACGGAGUCGGUAGCCUCAGACAUCUAUAUGGAAGAGGGCUUCGAUAACGCAGCAUCAGCAACCCCAGGACCAGAAAUGGGAUCCUCAUCUCCACCGCCAACUCCAAGACAUCUAUCAGCAGAGAGCAAUGACAAAUUGUUGUCUGCCUUCGAAGACAUGAACUUAGGAAACCAAUCUUGUCCUGCGACAUCACCCACGGAUGAUCAAGCCACGCAAGAGCAGACAGCAAUCUCUUCAGAAGAUGAAGAAUUGGAUGAAGACUUUUCUGACUGUGAAGAUGCUUGUGACGACGAACUUGGUUGGAAGCUUUUUGAUGAUGCUCAAAACCUAGCUACGUUGCAAGAUAUCACAAAAAAUAUACGCCUUCCUUCCUGGGUUGGACGUGUGCCUAGCACUGUGGGUACACGGAAGGGUGGAAAAUUGAAGGCCGAUGAGUGGGUGAUUCUCUACCAAGUCAUGAUGAUUCCUGCAAUAAUUUCUGUCUUGCACAAGGACGGCAAUGCUACAAAAUUUACAGAUCACAACUUCUCGAAUUUACAAAACACCACUGCCUCCAUCACAUCUGAUAUUGCUAGGACGUAUGGUGAACCAAAGAAAAACGGUCAAACAUGGCGACAUAUUCUACUCAACCUGGGAUCAUCACCAGGGAAAUAG